AUGGCAGCAGCUACAAGCUCCUGCAAUGUGAAUUUGGGAGCGAAAGGAAAAGGGAACCCAAAACAGCCCUUUUCUUCCUCAAAAUCCUCUCAGCUUCUCCUCUCUUCAAACUUGACUUUUGCUUACAAGAACACUAAAGAUUGCCUUCCUCCGCAUGCCCAUCAAACCCAGUUGUCCACUCGUUUCACCAAAACCAACAAUUCAGCUUUUGUUGUGGCAUCAGCAAAGCCAGAGCCUUUGAAGAUAAUGAUAUCAGGAGCUCCCGCUUCUGGUAAAGGUACUCAAUGUGAGCUCAUCGCUAAGAAAUACGGUUUGGUGCAUGUUGCUGCUGGAGACCUGCUGAGGGCAGAAAUUGCUUCGGGAACUGAAAAUGGGAAGCGAGCAAAAGAAUACAUGGAGAGAGGACAGUUGGUCCCAAAUGAAAUAGUUGUCAUGAUGGUGAAGGAGCGUCUGCUGCAGCCAGACUCUCAAAAAAAUGGUUGGCUUUUGGAUGGAUACCCGAGGAGCUUAUCGCAAGCAACUGCUCUUAAAGAAUUUAGCUUCCGACCUCAUCUUUUUAUUGUCCUAGAAGUCGACGAAGAGAUUCUUGUUGAAAGAGUGGUUGGACGUAGGUUAGACCCUGUUACUGGGAAGAUAUACCACCUGAAGUAUUCUCCCCCAGAGACUGAAGAAAUUGCUGCCAGACUCACCCAACGUUUUGAUGACACUGAAGAAAAGGUGAAGUUGCGCUUGCAAACUCAUCAUCAAAAUGUGGAGGCAGUACUUUCAAUGUAUGAAGACAUUACACUCAAGGUUGAUGGAAAUGUUCCGAAAGAAGAUGUGUUUUCACAAAUUGAUGGUGCUCUAUCAAAAUUACUUAUGGAUAGUAAGUUCACUUCGGGAUCUCUGGCUGCAUAG